AGAUCAUGAUACAGAAAGCAGUGGGACGGCUAGUAAAGAAAGCAUAAAGAGGGCCAGGGUAGGAAGCAAGAGUAGUGAUGUGUUGGAGUGGAAAGUGGUGCUAGUGUUGAGAGGGCUUCACUUACACGCUAACUAAUGCUGUAGAGAAAGAGGUAGGUGAAGUGAAAUUAGCCCGGUUCAUUGGAAAUGGUAGAUUGUUAAUAUUGUGUGAUAGCCACGCUCACUAAGAGAACAUUUUGAAAAUGGAAAAGCUUAAUGGGAAGAAGAUUAAAAGUCAUGUCCCUGGUGCUUAUCCUAGAUUGAGGGCAGUCAUCACUGGGGUCCCAAUAUUUUUGUUCAUAGAUUAUAUUAAAAAGAUAUAGGCUCAGUCAUGAUGUAAUGUUAUCAAUACGACCCGGGUUGUGGAAAACAGAAAUGCCAGGUUGAGGGUAUUGUGGAGAUGACAAAAUAGAUAUUGGUGUUAAUAGAUGUUGGUUGUUGACAUGCUGAGUAAUCCUAAGGGUGGAGUGUUUCAGCAUGAUAUAGAUCAACUUCAAUGAGGUUGGGGAAGUGUUUUGGGGGGAGGGUGAGGUAGAAGUUAGGGAUUUAUUUGGUUUUGAAUUUUAUUUUCAUGGUAGUACAGAAUUGGGCAGAUCAUGAUUGAUCGUACAUUCCAGCACAGUUGGUGGCGGCAUUCACUUUAACGAUUAUUUUCGGGCCGCCAUAAUGUCAUAGAAUAAUUCGAAUUAGCUCAAGCGCAGCAAGUCUGGUGUUUGUUUUCAUCCCCUACGUGCAGUAGAUGGCAGCAAAUCUGCAGAACGAUGUGGAAAUAUUUUGUAACAGUAGAGGUAGAAAUCUUCUUCUCUGGUGGUUUUGUUUUGAGUCUUUGGGGGACCAAAACAACACGACGUAAAUAAUGUGUUAAAAGCCAUUAGGAAUGAUAGUUAAGCAUUUGUCUCACAUUCGUAAAAUAGAAAUACCAUCAGCUGACAUUGAAAGUACACCGUUCCUUCUGCGUUAAAUGCUCCUGAAGUCAUCAUUUUGAUGCCAUGGUAAAUGACUGCAUUGGUCCGAAGACCAUCUGAGCUACAGUCAUUAUCAUGGAACAGAAAAGGCUUUCAGAAUAAGUCACUUGCCCACACACAUGAGUGCUGUGUUCCCCUUGCGCUGGGCCAAGCGCCAUGCCUGACCGGGACAGCACCUACCUGUCAGGUGGUGGUGGGAGCAGCGGCGGCGGGGUGGGUACUAGUGUAAGCGAGGAAGUGGGGUCUGGUUUAGGACAGGGCACGGGAGAAGGCCGGGGGGGAUCCGCAGGAGGUGAAAACUGUUGCUCUGGUUCUGGGGGCAUGGGUGGAGGAGGGGCCCUGGGGAAUGGGAACAACUGCGGGGGAGGUGGAGCCGGGGGCCCGGGGUCAGGACCGGCCCCGGACGGGGUCUGCAGAGACUUCUUGAGGAACGUGUGUAAGAGGGGAAAACGCUGCCGCUUCAAACACCCCGACUUCAACGAGGUGCCAGACCUCGGGGUGCAGAAGAACGAGUUUGUAUUCUGCCACGACUACCAGAACAAGGAGUGUGUCCGCUCCAACUGCCGCUUCGUCCACGGCUCCAAGGAGGAUGAGGACUACUAUAAGAAGUCAGGGGAGCUACCCCUCAGGUUGAGGGGGAAAGUAGCUGCAGGACUGGGCCUGUCCCCCAUGGACCUCCCACACAGCCGAGGGGAGGUCCCCAUCUGCAGGGACUUUCUGAAGGGUGAGUGCCAGCGGGGCAGCAAGUGUAAGUUCCGCCACGUCAAGAAGGACAACGAGUAUGAGCUGGCAAGAGUGGGUGUGGGGAGUGUGUUGGGCCCAGGGGCCAGUGGGAUGGUGAACACAGGUGGAGGGGUUGGGGUGGGUGCCUGUGGAGGCAUGGCUGGACUGGUGGGGGGUGGAGGUGGGGGCAACAUGAUGGGGAUGGGCUGCCCCAGCCUUGGGGGUUGCAGAGACCCGGGUAUCUUAGGGGUGGGAGGAGUAGGGGUAAGUGGGAUUGGGGGUUGCAUCUCCAUGGGGGCCUCAGGACCUCGUCGUUUUGACAGGGGCCCCUGCUCGGCGUACGACCCCCUGUUUGAGAGCGGUCUGUAUGAGACAUCGCCCCUGGAAGCCCCUGUGGACCACACAAUGCUGCAGCUGAAGAGACGCAGGCUGGAGGGUCUCCGGCUAGACGGGAGCGGAGGGGGGCACUAUGAGAUGGGGGUGCAGGCGGCCCUCUCACCCCAGCCCCUGGAGUACAGGUUUCUGGAGGAGGAAAACACCCUGCUGAGGAGGAGAGUGGAUGAAUUGAAGAAACAGGUCUCAAACCUCAUGGCCACCAACGAGGUGCUGCUGGAGCAGAAUGCCCAGUUCCGGAGCCAGACCAAGGUGUCGGUGAUGACCCUGUCCUCCACCCCAGCCCCCUCUGAGCAGACCAUGGCGUCCCCCGUGGGCUCGGUCAGUUCCUACAACCACAGCAUCGCCCAGACCCAUACCACCCUGAGCAGCGCCGGGCUGCAGCCUCGUACCGUCACCCUCACACAGCAGGACCUAGUGGCCCCCACCGGUGCCCCUACAGUGCCCCCAUCUAACGCUGCCCCACCCAGCGCUCCCCUGCCCCACCUCAACCCCGAGAUCACCCCGCUCUCAGCCGCCCUGGUUCAGACCAUUGCCCAGGGCAUGGUGCCUCCCGUCUCCAUGGCACCCGUCACUGUUUCAGUGGCACCGGUGGCUGUAUCCAUGGCACAGCCUCUGCCUGGCAUCACUAUAAGCCAUGCCACCACCCCCAUGGUGUCAUACCCUAUCGCCAGCCAGAGUAUGAGGAUCACCACCAUACCUCACUGAUGCAGCACACUCUCUAGGACCCUCCCAUGGAACAAAAGAUGGAAUUCUACAUACCAUCCCUCUCUCAAGUUUUAAUUACCCACUGCUGAAUGACUUGAGGGGAGACGUUGAGGUGGGUGAGCCCUAAUGCCCACAUGCCAUGGGCAGAGAAAAGGUUAAUGAUGAUAGGAUGCCUUCACCACACAAACCCUGCUCUGUGGCAGCGUUGCAGGUAGUCCCUGAGGUGACCUCUGAACUUCUUAAAGGUUUGUGUGCCAAAGGGACUUCUUCAAAGCAACACCAAAAAUAACAACAAACUGUAAAAACGUCAGGGUGAUGUUCUUUGACAAAUGACUGUCAUGACAUUGCAAGGGGUUUAUGACAUUUCAGUAGCUUCCAUUAUUUAUGUUUAUGGGUUUUGCUUGUGUAACUUACAAGAAAAUGAAUUUGUCCUGUUAUUACUAAUUAAUCAAGUUAUCUAGAGUAAUGUUAUGGGAGGAUAAGGUUACUGAUUGACACACCAUCAGAUCUGGAAAUAAAAGGAUACCAGUCUGUAGUGUGAUGUCAGAGGGGUCGUGUGUUGGUUUCUUGAGGAGGGGAGUGACUCAGGCCAUUUUGAAGUCAGAGCGGACGAAGCCUGUGGUCAGGGAUAAGUUGAGGGAAGUAAGGAAUGGGAGAAAGUCUCCAGAGAUGGUCUGGAGGGGAUGGGGUCGAGUGGGCAGGUUUUAGGGCGGCCGUACCUCAAGUCACAGGAUUUCAUCUGGAGAGAGAGGAGAAAGAUGUCUAGGAGUAGUUCUGUGUGAAUGGGACAGAGAGGGAGGGGGUGAAGGGUUGAGGAGGAAAAUAAUUUCCUAGGGUUAGAGGCAGAAGUUGGACAUUUAGAGUGAUAGUGGCUUUAGCAGCAGAUAGAGGGGGGAGUGAAAGGGAGAUUUAGUUACCUCCAUUUUCACUCAGCAGCCUGCAGCCCUGUUCUGUAAGUUCACAAUGAGUCACUCAGCGCAGGGGAGGGCCGAGACAGACGGAUGCAAAAAAGAUGGAGCGUAAUGUUGAAGAGGAAAAAUCAGGAGGGAGAGAAUUGCGACAGCACAUGACCGUCUGGGUAGGGGUUGAGUGGAUAGGGUUGGAGGAGAUGGAGACUGACACUGAAACAAAGUAGGGAUCAGCGACCUGGAAGGGGGUUUCAGGGAGGCGUACAGCCUCUAGUAAAAAUGAGGUCAAGCGUAUUACCAGCCUUGUGAGUGGAAGGGGACUAGGAAAGGGUGAGGGCAAGGAGGGAAAAUGAAUCGAUGGCAGGCGUCGCGAGGUUGAAGUCGCCCAUUACAAAGAGAGGUGAGCCAUUGUCAGGAAAUUAGCUUAUCAAGGUGUCAAGCUCAUUGAGGAACUCUUAAGAAAUCGGCUAGAGUGGCAACAAAUCUGCCCAAUUAGCUGAUUAGCUUUCCAUACUCUGCAGAUACCCAUACUUGAAUAAACCUGGGUCAAUGGAAACCUACCGACUGAAGCGGAUUAAACAGCAUGAUAUUACACAGGUGCACCUUGUGCUGGGAACAAAAGGCCACUAAAAUGUGCAGUUUUGUCACCGUGAUUGACCACGCACUACCGCACAGUAGGUGGCGGCAUGCACAAACAAAAUGUACGAACGCCAUGAUAAUGAAGAAGAAGAAAGUGCCUGCUGAUUUGAGAUGAUUCCACAAAGCCAAUUUAUGCUUGAUCCAAAAAUGUGGUAGGUGGGGGCCGUAUGUUCUGUAUAAACAAACUUACUUUAUUGACAACUUCCUUCACAAUAGCUCUG